AUGUCUAUUACAAUUUUUAAUCGGAACACAGAAUUGCGGAACUUGCCUGCUUCUUCGCUCUCUAAUGUAGCAAUUAUUUUGGAUAUCAAUAAAGAUUGGCAAAAAGUUGUAACUAUUAUUCCUAAAAAUAUCCAGAGUCCGAAUUUUGAACGUAAAUACAACUACGAAGAAAUACUGGCAAUGGAAACCCACGCGAUAAAGACAAAUAGACCUUAUGCAGAGGUACUAUUUGAUGAAUGGGGAACAUCAGGAAGAGUGAGACCAACCUUAGGCUUUCUUAAAACAAUUUUGGAACAGGCACAAAUAUUUAGAGCGGCUGAUGAAGUGGCUCGUAUGAUAGGAGAGCCACCAUCAGUCCGACCUCUAGCUGGCCCUGGCGCACCUAUUACAACCAGUUUAACUGAUAUAUUAAAUGAUGAGAGUAUGGAGCAGAAAUUGGAAUCUAUGAACACAAUAACUAGUGGUAAUCUUAAUAACUCUAAUCAUGAUAAUGCUCUGUGCAAUGGUACUACUCUUCAGAUGAAAGAACCAAGUGACUUGAUUAAGCUAUCAGGCUUUUCCGAUAUAGAUAAAAAAAUAAAAAUGAAUCACAAAGAGGUUUCUGAUAUGAUAAAGUUUUCUGUACCACAGGCAGCCCCUUCUGCUUCUAACUCAGAUUAUAUACCCAACAUUACUGAUAUGUUAGCUGAAUCAACAGCAAUAGAAAGUCAAAUUAGUUCAAUACCAAAUGAAUCAGACAGUAUUGAUAACACUUUAUCAAAUACUACUGACAGUUCAUCACAAAAUGAAGUUUCUCAUUUUAUUCCUAUGUCUUUAUACCCUUUGUCUUCGUCGUCAAAUGUGGACAUAUUUGACAUAAUAGACAGAGCUAUAUUAGAUGACAAAAAGUUAAAUAGAUUUGAGUAUAAAGAACUCGAAACCAUAACAGAUAAGUUCUCUGAAACAUUACAUAUGAAAGCUGAUGGACCCAUUGGGAAAAUUGGUAGUGGAGGUUUUGGUGAUGUGUAUGUCGGAACUCACAAGGACUUUGGCCCUCUUGCUGUAAAGAAAGUACGAUAUGUCCAUUUACUAGGCUUGGAUAGAGAAACUGUAAUGAAAAUAUUCAACACUGAAGUCAAGUCUCUCUCAUACCUCAGACAUAAAAACAUUGUGCCCAUAUUAGGUUAUUCUAUUGAUGGACCAACACCAUGCCUAGUCUGUAAAUAUAUUGAUGGAGGAUCUUUGCUACAAAAGAUAGCUGAUAAAGUUCUGUCUGAGCAGCAGAGAAUUAACAUACUAAGAGGAACUGCUGAAGGUUUGAAGUAUAUUCAUCAUAGGGAAAGACCACCACUAACUGAUGAAAUUAUCAGUGAUAGGCAAUCUCUCCCUCCAAAGAAAAGCUAUUACCUCCACGGAGAUGUGAAAAGUGCAAAUAUUUUGUUAACUAAGGAUUGUGUACCAAAGUUAUGUGAUUUUGGAUUGGCAAAGCAAUUAGACACCACCAUCAUUACAAGGUCAAUGAUGGGCACCUCUGCAUACAUGGCACCAGAAGGCUUCUCAGGUACUAUUACACAAAAAAAUGACAUAUUCAGUUUUGGUAUUGUGAUGUUGGAAAUAUUGACAGGUUUGAAACCAAUUGUGUCUACAAGAGGUGAAAGUAUGAACAUUAAGCAAUACAUUGAAGAUAACUGCACCGAUGGUGAUAUAACUCCACUUUUGGACCGUUCAGUGCCCAAAUGGACAGAACCUAAAAAAGUCUAUGACUUAGCUAAUAAUUGUCUUGAACCAGAUAAGAAAUUCAGGCCUUCAAUAGAUUAUGUGUGUAGUACCCUGAAUGAUAUCAAUUAG